AUGCCAAAGUCUGCCCAGCCAGGAAUCGAGGAUGGGAAAAGAGAGCAGGGGACACACAAGCCAGCUGUCCUCUGGGAGCGACGGCACCCCGGUGGCAACCCGCUGGAUCCCCAGGAGCCGUGCCCCGAUGCGUAUUCCAACCUCGUCAUCCUCGCUGUGCCCAACAGGGAUGCGGCCGAGGAGUCCUGCGCGCUCAUCUGCCAGGUCUUCCAGAUCAUCUAUGGCGAUCAGAGCAUCGAGUGUGUGGACCGUGCCGGGUACCACUACACCUCCACACCCACGCGGCCCUGGCUCUCCAGCAGAAGUGAGAGCUGCCGCACAGAUGGGACGUAUGGCUACGACGCUGACUACAGCUGCUGCAGCUCCUUCAGCAAUGGUUCCCACGAGACAUUUGAGGCAUAUUAUAGCGGGACAUCCUCGCCCUCCUUCCACCAAUCCCACCACAGCCUGGCCACCGCCUGCAGCGGCAGCGACCAGAGCAGCGUGGGGCUGGAGCAGCUGCAGGACUACAUGAUGACGCUGCGCAACAAGCUGUCGCCCCAGGAGAUCCAGCAGUUUGCCGUGAUGCUCCGCGAGUACCGGCUGGGCACACCAGUGCAGGAGUACUGCACAGAGCUCCUACGCCUCUACGGGGACAGGAGGAAGUUCCUCCUACUGGGGAUGAGGCCCUUCAUCCCCGAUCAAGACAUUGGAUACUUUGAGACCUUCCUGGAGAGCAUCGGCAUCCGGGAGGGCGGCAUCCUCACUGACAGCUUCGGCCGCAUCAAGCGCAGCAUGAGCAACACGUCGGCAUCAGCUGUGCGCAGCUACGACAGCUGGUCCCUGCGCUCUGAGUCCGAGUCCUUCAACCGCAUGAUUACCAACAUCACAAAUGACAUUGAGGCACUGGCACGGGAUGAGGAGGAGGAGGAGGAGGAGGAGGACAACUACCUGUGAAGGAGGCACAGAUCACCGUGGAAGGGACGGGGCUCUGCUCUUGGUUGGGCUGAUGGCAUUUCAGGGCGGUAUCGGUCCAGGGGAGCCCCCACCAGCAGUGCCAAGUGCUGUAAUUUUUGCAGAUUGCAAUUAAAUGAUCAACAGGGGGAUUGGAGCAGGUUCUUCCUCGGUGCAAAGGGAAUGUGUUGGGCAGGGGGUGAGCUGGGGCACAGGGGCAGCUCACAGAUGGGACACCCACCCACCCCAGUGAUAUGACAAGCUGGGCUGGCACAGGAUGGUGCUCUCACAGCAAACUGGGGUCAGUGCAGCUGUGCUGGGAUGGGAGGGUGGCAGCCACAGCAUCCUUGUGCUGGGGGUCUGGAUGCACUGCAGUGAAGCAUUUGCUUCCCUACAGGAUAGGGAGUGGUGGGGAUGGCUGUUCCUGGACUAAGCAAAGCCCCCAGGAGCCCCACAGCCG